AUGUUUUCAACAAACAAACUUAAAGAUUUAGAAGAGAAUAGGAUUGUUUUUUAUGAUAAAGAACAAUUAAACCCUUCUCAAAAAAAUUAUUCAAAAAAGAGAAGUAGAGCUUCAUUUAUUGCUUGUGAUAAAUGUCGAAGUAUGAAAAAAAAGUGUGAUGGUGAUUAUACAAGUAAAAAAUCUUGUUCAUCGUGUACUGGACGUCAAGAAGAAUGUAAUUACUCUGAUACUAAUAAAAAAAGGAUUGUGGAAGUUUAUGAUUUUCAACGAUUUAUUAAUCGAUUAGAACUUGUUAGUGAUGAAAUAAGAAAAUUAACGGAUGAAUUAAAAAAUAUUUAUGAAUCGAGUAAAAGUCAAGAUGAUCUAAAGUCUUCAGGAAAUGGAUAUGAUUUUGAUAGUGAUGUUUACGUUGAAUCUAUUUCUAGUAAUGAUAAUUUUGAAAGGGAACAAUCUGAAGAAAGAACUAUUCGUAAACCCAAACCAAAAACGUCUGGAACAAAAAAAAGGUCUAAAGAAUCAAAAAAUGAAGAUUCUUCGUCAACAAAACAAAAAAAAGAUACAAAAGGAAAUGGAAACUUUUCAAAACUCUAUUUAUCACCUAAAGGAUAUGUAACGCAUCAGUUUGAUCUCAACGAAAUUAAUGAAACUUCUUUACAAUUUGGAAAUGCUCAAUAUCAACCACCACCACCUGUUAAUAAUUCAGAAUUAUUGUUAACAGAUCAUAAUG